AUGGAAAAGGAGUUCUUACACGUGUGUUUACCAUAUGUGUGGUCGCUACGGUCGGCCAUAAUUCUGAAGAGUCUUAUAGCUCUGAAGAGAAAAUACGGCGAAACCAUUGAAAUCAUUGAAACCAUAACCAAAGAUGAAUACGAGUACACGAGCUCUGGCUUUAGUGGUGUUGCGCUCACUAUAGUCCGGAUCCUUCUGGUCAUUGUCCUCACAGUACUCUUCAUAAUAAGCGCCAUCGAUGCCAUUGGCGACGACAUAGACGUGGCCGGAGAGACACAUCUGAUCCACGAUCCGGACGGCCAUCACCUCUACGGUGUGACCAACUCUACCCGAAAGGAGGAUCACAACUUCACUCAUUGUAUGGGUUGUGGUGACAAUGAUGGCCGCUAUCUUCACGGUCGCGGGAGUUAUCGGCACCGUUUGGAUCAAUCCAUCUCAACAAUGAUCCUGGUGUUUGCCUUAUCCGGUAUAUUCCUGCCUGAUUUUAAUCUAACUCUGCCGGAAGUCUCGUCCAACUAUUACCUCCUCGGUCUUGAAAUAGUAGCCAUAGUAUUGUCGCUAUUAUUUGUGAUUAUAUUGAAUCGUUGGGGCGUUAAGAGGAGACCCGCCCGUGAAAAAGGUGUUACCUUUGCAUAG